AACUUAUAUAACAGCAUAACGUAGUAAAAAUAUUUCGAACUUUUGAGGAGCAGCUUCCAAAUAUACGGGUACAAAAAAAGCUGGCACAAAUCGGGAAAGUAAUAAUAAAAUUGACUUAUUGACAACCAUCAAAUACAAAAAUGGUUAUUUAAAAGAACAUGUUUUUAAAUAGUCCGAAUAAACUGAAAAAUAAUCCAUAACAUCCAACCAUUUGAACAAAAAUAACAAUGGGCGGCGAAGAAAAAAAACCAGCGAGGAAGCCCAUGCCGGGCUGGCUGAAUUUUGUUUUCGGAGGUCUUAGUGGCAUGAUGGGUAUAUGCGUGGUCCAACCGGCAGAUUUGGUUAAGACCAGGAUGCAGCUCGCCGGUCCCAGGGGAAACCCGAGCGUAUUGGCGACGGUCAGUAAUAUCCUCAAGAAGGAAGGUAUCACGGGUUUCUACACCGGUCUCUCAGCGGCUCUCUUCAGACAGGCCACCUACACUACCGGAAGACUGGGAUGCUAUAAUGGGAUUUCAAAUUAUUACACAACCGCUUAUGGGGUACCGAGUUUUCCGGUGAAACUCGUAAUUGGCAUGAUCGCGGGCGGCAUCGGCGCCUUCAUCGGGACCCCGGCAGAGGUCGCGCUGAUCCGCAUGACUGCUGACGGCCGUCUCCCGCCGGAACAGCGACGGAACUACAAGAACGUGUUCAACGCUCUUGCUAGAAUCUCAAGAGAGGAAGGUCCUGCUAUGAUGUUCCGGGGCGCUACAGCUACCGUCACGAGGGCCAUGGUGGUGAACGCGGCGCAACUCAGCACCUACGCGCAGGCCAGGGAGAUGUUGUUACCUCAACUGGGGGAUGGCAUCGUUCUUCACUUUAUGGCGUCCCUGAUAUCUGGUUUGGUCACGACUUUCGCAUCCUUGCCCGUGGACAUUGUUAAGACAAGAGUACAAAACUCAGCAAAAGGAACCAGUCAAGUAAGUGUCUUAAUGAGCGUUAUAAAAAACGAAGGAGUAUUUGCACUGUGGAAGGGCUUCAUACCAACGUAUGCGAAAAUCGGACCACUGACAAUCCUCAUUUUUAUAUUCUUGGAACAAUUGAACAGUCUUUACUACAAGUACCAGGAACAAUAAACUCCCAACUAAAAAUAAUAUUCCUAAAAAAUCCAACUAAAAUGAGGAAUGCAUAGUUCUUUACUCAUAAGCCAGGAGAUUUCUACCUCGAACCAGAACCAUAACUCCGUGUCCGGGCAGCUGAUGAUGUUUGUUUAAUAGAUCUCAUUCUUUGCGAGUCAUGUGCUAGACGGUCAAUGCAAAAAAAAAAUGCAGGUUUCAAAGACCCAAAAGAACUAUUAUGGCAACUGAUGUAUAAUCUGUAAUUACUUUAUUUGCUGCGACCCUGAUUUGUCUGUUAUUGUGAGUUAUAAGGAAAGUAUAACAACAAACAUAAUUUUUUUUAUAACGGGGGAAUGAUCGAGGUAUUAAAACAUGAAUUCUUUGAUCUAAAUUCCACCGUAAAGUAUUUUGGAUAUACUUGAAAAUAAGCAUAAUAAUGGACGCAAAACUAAGAAAGUAGACAAAAGUCCUAGCAAUAUUGUCAACUGUAUUAUUAAAAAUGAAAUGUUUCGUAUAGCUGUUAUACCUUCGUGUAUUAAAUUUAAUGGUAGUCAUUUUGUAACCUUACACUUAACAUGUUACUCGUUUAUUAAUUACAUGAGCCAUUCAGUUUAAUGGAGCGUUUAGUCGUUAUGGAUGUUAUUUUUAGGACACCUUUUUAAUUACUUUGGGUAUUUGGAGUGUACAUUCAAUGCUUCGGAGGCUGUGUAUAAUGAUUAUCACGUUAUCAUACAAAACGACCAAGUUUAGAGAUAUAAAGGUUUUGUCAUUGCCGUCUGUUAAUCCCGCUGUUAUUGAUGGAAUAUAAAAGACACAAAGAACACGUAUAGUGAAGAAUGUGGUAAAACAAUUAAUAGUAAUUUAUAUAAAACACGUUAUUUCCGAGUCGCAUGAAAUAGUUUUAACCGCCAACGAUAGACGGAAUCUUUAAAUGUCUUCAAACAUGGCGGUACUGCUAAGUAUUAGCUACAUGGAAGUGACGUUUUUGACAUUUGCAUGACACAUUCAUCCAUUUAAAAUGUUUUACACAAAGCAUGCCUUUGAACUCGCAUUCAAUAAAGCACUGCCUAAUUAAAA